AUGUCAGUCCAUCUCCUCUUAUCCUGUGGAGCACCAAGCGCCUACCCAAAUAAUCAGGCGAGGCACGUGCGCCGGAUUUUAUAUGACCAACGAGGCGGCACCACCUGCGAUCUGCCGCACCGCCCGCCGGUCUGCCACUCCGUCACAGCUAAAACCACGGUCUGGCUUCCCACCGUAUCGUCGUCUUCCUCUGCGCACGCUGGCGACUUCACUGCAGCUAAGCUAACUAGUGCGCUUCCUUCAGACAUCCUACGGUACCCACUAAUCUCCCUCGCGGCCAUGUCUACGGUGACCCGCGCCUACCUCGACCAGAGGCUCGCCCUCGCGAAGCGCUGCUCCAGAGAGGCCGCCAUGGCAGGAGCCAAGGCCGCGGCCGUCGCCACCGUCGCAGCCGCAGUGCCCACCCUGGCGAGCGUGAGGAUGCUGCCGUGGGCGAAGGCGCACCUGAACCCCGCCGGCCAGGCCCUCAUUAUCUCCACCGUCGCCGGGAUGGCAUACUUCAUCGUCGCCGACAAGACCAUCCUGUCCAUGGCCAGGAAGCACUCGUUUGAGGACGCGCCGGACCAUCUCAAGAACACCUCCUUCCAGUAA